ACUGGGAACACACACAACACACCAAAAAACCAAAAAAACACACACCAAACCCUCUCGGCUUCCCCCCUCCUCCUCCCCCUUCCUCUUCUCAUCCGCGGCGGCGGACUCAAGCUCAGGAGCUCACUACCGAGAAGCAUAUAUUUCAUUAGGGUUUUGGCGUCUCCGCGAGGGAGUUGACUUAGGCGGAGCCUUCGCGAUGGCGGGCACGAAGGCGGACGCCAACGCGGAAACGGGCGGCGGCGGCUCCUUCAGCGAGCAGAGGCUGGUAGAGAAGCUCGACAAGCUCAACAGCUCCGCGGCGAGCAUCCAGACGCUUUCACAAUGGUGCAUUUUUCACCGCAAGAGAGCCAGAAGGGUUGUAGACACAUGGGAAAAGCAGUUUAACAGUGCAACAAAGGAUAAGAAAAUAUCAUUCCUGUAUCUAUCAAAUGAUAUCCUGCAAAACAGCAAACGCAAGAGAGGAGAAUACGUGAAUGAGUUCUGGAGGGUUCUACCUAUAUCACUGAAACAUGUCUACGAAAAUGGGGAAGAAGGAAAGAAAGUGGUGGCGAGAUUAAUAGGAAUUUGGGAUGAAAGGAAGGUUUUUGGGACCCGUAUUGAAAGUCUGAAAGAUGACAUUGUUGGUGACAACCCUCCUACAUUGGAUAACAAUGGGAAUAGUUCAAAUCCUAGCUCUAAUCCCUCCUCAAAUUCCAAAGCUGCACGGAAGGAUUCCAGUACAAUAGUAAAAAAACUGACUGUUGGUGGCAUGCCUGAAAAGAUUGUAACUGCAUACCAAUCUGUGCUUGAUAAACAUUUUGAUGAAGACACAGCUUUGAACAAAUGCAAGAGUACUGUUGGUGUUUUGGAGAAGAUAAAUAAAGAUAUAGACGAUGCUUGUACCCAUGGUAUUCAGCCAGCAUCAUCAUUGAUUUCCGACCUUCAAGAACAGGAAACAACCCUAAAGCAGUGCAUUGAACAACUUGAAAGUGUCGAUACAAUGAGGAUGUCCCUGAUCAAUCAAUUAAAAGAAGCCCUGCGCGAACAGGAGAUGAAGUCGGAGCUUCUUCAUGAUCAGUUGCAAGUUGCUCGAAUGGAGGAUGAACGUGCCGUGCAACUAAGACAACGACAUGGCGGUGCCCUUGUCAUGAAUGGUGCAGGAUCUAGCUCAAGUCCACUCAUGAUUACUCCUCCAGAGCAAACAGCUCCCCAGUUACAACCACUGCAUCCAGCAACCUCACUUCCCACCGCAGUCAGUGCAGUGGGUGACGAGCCCAAGAAAACAGCAGCAGCUAUGGCAGAUAAGCUUGCAUCUUUGUCAGCACCUGAGCUGUCCUCCAUUUUCUCAUCCUUUAUUGCUGAGCAAGCUGCUUCCAUGAAUAAUGGAUCGCCUUCUGGAGAACUCUCUGCAGGACCACCAGGCUUCCAGAUUGAAAAGAGGCCUAGGCUUGAGAAAUCCAUGCAGGCAGGUGACAGGGUUGCUCCUCCCAUUUUUGGGCAAUUAACACAGGUGCAACAACAGAUUGGAGCAGUACCUACUUCUCUUGGAGGCACACAGCCACCAACACAACCAAACCAAGCACCUGGCCCAUUUCCACCUCCACCGCCAUUGCCAUCUCUAUUGCCACCACUUCUGCAACAAUUUGGUCAAAGUACUGGAGGAAUGAUCGGAAUGGGACCUUUCGGGAUGAUGGCUGGCUCUAUGCCACCUCCGCCCCCAUUGUCUAACAUUCUGCCAGCAGGUUUUCCAAGACCAAGUGGGCCACCGCCUCCACCUCCGCUUCCACUAGCUCAGAACCAACCCCAGCAACAGCAGUGUCCUCAGGCACCACAGCAGUCGCCGACAUCAGCUGGAUUCUUUCAAUCAUCAGGCAUUGGGUUCUUCCCACCGGUGCAGAUGCAGCAAUCUCCGUCUGUCCAACGACAGUGAUUCAACAGUAUUCAUCAAGGCUAUAAAGACCGCACCUUGUGCUAACUUUGUAUAUUCAAUAAUAAUCCCCAAUAUUAAGCUUUUACUUGACUGGUCCUGCAAUUGAAGCAGGAUCAAUGCUCACGAAUCGUAAAGAUUUGUAGAAUAGGCAUGUGGCUUUUGUGAUGUAUAACUGUUCCUUUUGGUCUGAGGAGUUUGUUUUAACUCUCCCUGGUCAUGUGAAGUAGUUAGACUUACUUCUUCUUUGUACUGCUCCUUAAUUAGUCCCGAGGCAAACAAAUAGUGAUACUGACAUUGUUGCUUAAGUGUUGCCCAAUGCUAGAACAGUUUUAGGGUUCAAAGAGUUGUAGAACUUACUGGUCAUAGUCUCAUAGAUAUGGUGUGAACCGCAAAUAUUUGUCCUGUUCAAAUUUAUUUAUUAUCAUUUUUAUUAUAA